CCCCACCCCCCAAAUCCGAGUCCUGGCACAGAUCCAGAUCUACAACUGCACUACUCAUUCUUGGCGAUAGCAGAUAUUGUAAAAUCCAUUGGAAUGGACCGCCCAAGUUCCCGAUUCAAUGGCCAGGCUAACAAUGUAUCCGAUGUUAUUCAAGGAGGAUCCAGCUUCUCAGGCAAUCUCACUCUUUCGCAUUCUGCACAACUCCAUCAAGGCAACAUCAUCAAUAUCCAACAAACAAACAACUCGCUCUUCAGCGCUUUCAAAGAGGUUCAGAUAAACGAACAAGCUUUUCGUUCUCUUUAUAGGACGGGGAGGGGCGCGCGGGGCCCCUUGUCUUUCAUCCAGCCAUCGGCAAUUCGAUACAUGCCGUAUGCGAACAUUGGAGAGGGCCCUGUGCGAACGAUGCUUUAUAAAAUUGCUCGAGACUUCCAGUUGAUUGAUGCUGGGUUUGCUGAAUUUUAUCGCGUGGCAGUCCCCUACAAUGAGUUGGUAUCUGCGGAGUUGAAAAGCAUACGGGAUAGAUACUACCACGGUGUCGCAAACAACCAUGGUUAUUUAGGGUCAUUGGGUGUUUUUUUAGAGCUUGCUACUGACAUGAAGAAAACGCAGCCAAGAGAGAUCCCACUGGCAAGGUUUGCCCCAGAAAAUUACGGAGAGCGUGCCUUGGAGUACCUACAGGACGGCUUCGAGGUUCCUUACUGGGUCCUGCUUUGCGACAUUUUCGUGCCCUAUUGCGAGUCGGGCGAGUUGGAUAAUGCGGCCAAGUUCUACAUCAGCCACACUAUCAACAGUGUACAACUCCAGACUCGAGCUCGGCUGCAAAAGCUAGAGACAGACUAUUCCUACGAGCUGCCCAAGGAAAUUACGAACGGGAUCAAGUGGAGACUAGAUGUGCUAGAGGAUAUGACAGGGUCCAUUUCAACCAACCUUGGGGACGAAUGGAGCAUCCACGCCCACUCUUUUCAGCCAACACAGUUACCAUCCAGCGUAGCGACCGAGCCGACCGCCAUUGAGCCACCGUCGGCGGUGACAAUCGAAGUCACAAGCGAAGAGGGGUCGAAAAACAUCGAGAAAGUUGAGUCAAGCGCGUUAUUCAUCCUCUUCUUUGCUUUGGCGAUCAUCCCAGCCUGUCUUGGAUUCGACCGGCACUCGAGCCCGGAACCAGGAGAAGAAGCCAUCGGCAAAGCGCUGGAUGCCGACUUCAUGUGGCUCAUUGCCGGCAAUCUCCUGGCGCUCCUUGGCAACAUCUUCGCGGUUCUGCCGCUGUGGCGACUGACGAGGGGCUCAACGGCGCACCUUGUUACCCAGGGCCUUAUCCUGCUCUCGACGGUGCUUGGCGUCGCGUCGGUUACGUCAUACUGCUUCGUGAACAAGGGCUGGAGCUCCCUGAUGUCGUUCUUCUCCAACUUCUUCGCCAUCAGUGGGGUAUAUUUUUCCACGAUGCAUGUUAGCAUCCAGAGUUUAGGCGGCGUUACAAGGAACCCUUUUGUUAAGGUAAAGAAUGAUUAGGAUGGAUAGCAGAAUAUGUUACAAACGUAGAUCUAUUUGGUUAAAGUAAUCAUCUGGGAUAGCCCAUUAUAGAGAGCUAGGACGAAAU